AUGGUCAUCGAGUUCUACUGGGGCGAACGCAUACACUCACAUAAUUAUCGCGCUUCGCAGUCGGCGACGUUGGCGUUUCUCGUUUCGUUUCGUUUUGUUCUUUUGCCUCUCGCAUUAGAACGCGCGCUGCCAUCGUCGCUGCCGGCGUCGCUGCUACAGUGCUCGUCGACGUCGACGGUCGUAUUGGGCUUAAGCGAAUUUCAAAUUCGCCUGAACUUUUAUUCAACGUGUUGGUUUCGUCGCGUGAGCAACUCUGAAACUGAAAACAAGAAACAAAAUUCUAUCUAUCUAUACAAAAAACCAAAACAACAACAACAACAAACGAAGAACAAACAUUUAUUAAGAGUCCCCGAAAAUAAGAACACUGAAUAUACCAAUACCAGCAACUCUAUCCGUAACCGUAUCCGUAACCGUAACCGUAACCGUAAUCGUAGUCGUAGUCUUAGUUUGAUAUCCCAUUCGCGUCUAUAUCGUGUGUUCCGUAGUUGUUUCGAAAAAAUAUAUUUUUUUUUUUUGUCGGAUUCCACUUCCAACAGUUACAGAGAGCUAUAUAUAGAUGCUGUAUCUGUUCAAAUAAGAGAAAAACCGAUAUAUAAGUAUAUAUACCUACAUAUAUUGUUAUAUAUCCGCCUGGAUCGUAUAGAUCGUACAAUAUUUUUUUUGAAGUGUUACAAACCACCAAGUGCUACCAAAAAUGCCUUACUACAGCGUUACGCUUUAGUGUCACAAGUGCUACUUAUCGUUAAAUGCGAGCGACCAGUGUUGGUUAACAGCCCGCAUACACACACGCAUCAACAGACAAUCAACGUUAGCCAACACUCGCAGUUCAGUUCUGCUUCAUCAAUCUCGACCACAAGUUCUACGUCUUCGCCAUCAUCAUCCGGCUCUUCAGCUGCAUUAACAGCCAAACGUUUUUACCUUGCGUGCAUUUUACGAGCGAGCGUGCGCGAUUCGUGUUGGCCGUCGGUUGCCGUCUCGGAUGUCGCUGAUAUUGUGGAUGUGGAUGUGGAAGUCGACUUUUGCCGGUGGCCAAAACAUUCAGUUGAAUACAACGCUGUGAGCAACACACGCUGGAAGCGCCGAUGGAACCGCGUCGCGACGCAGCGGCAACGGCAGCAGCGGCAGCGACAACAACUACAACAACAACAGCAACAACCAUAUUUGCACAGCCACAAUCAAACAAAAGCAGAAGCAGCAGACGCGAGUGUCCAAAAUUUACGAAAAAAAUCAAAAUAA